AUGGCCGGCUCGACAACGGAUGAUCGCAGUGAUCAUCUCUCCGUGGAAAAGGCGAACAAAACGGCGCCGCCAGAGACCAUUCAAGAAAAUGAGCCCAGCAAUGAUGAAAACGUUGUAUACCCAACAGGAAUUACGCUCAUUCUGAUCAUCACCUCUCUCUGUUUGGCCGUUUUCCUUGUUGCUCUGGAUCAAACAAUCAUCGCCCCAGCUCUUGGAGCCAUCACAGCUGAGUAUAAGAGUGUCAAAGAUAUUGGAUGGUAUGGCUCCGCAUACCUGCUCACGACGACUGCUCUGCAGCCCAUGUACGGAAAUAUCUAUAAGCUGUUCAACGUCAAACUUGCGUACCUUGCUGCAGUCUUCAUUUUCGAAAUCGGUAGUCUGGUUUGCGCUGUCGCCCCCAGCUCGACAGCGUUCAUUGUUGGACGUGCCAUUGCAGGCAUUGGAACAGCCGGUUUGUUCUCUGGGUCCAUUGUCAUCCUGUCUCUCUCAAUGCCACUGAAUCGCCGUCCUCUCGCUUUUGGUCUCAUUGGUGGUAUGUGGGGUAUCGCUUCAGUUGCUGGUCCCCUUCUUGGAGGUGCUUUCACUGAGAAUGUCACUUGGCGCUGGUGUUUUUACAUCAACCUCCCAAUCGGCGGUCUCGCGAUGGUCAUCGUCUUCUUUUUCGUCCGUGUGACCCGCAACACUACUGGUACAGUCGGCCAAACGUUCCUCAGCCGCUUCAGGCAAUUAGACAUCUCCGGAACAGCCAUCUUUAUCCCAGCCGUCAUCUGCCUCCUCCUUGCUCUUCAGUGGGGAGGUGCCGAGUAUCCAUGGAAAAGCGCUACCAUUAUUGGUUUGUUCUGUGGUUUCGGCGCCAUGAUUCUCAUCUUCAUUGGCAUCCAACUUUGGCAACAGGACCGUGGCACCCUUCCUCCUCGGCUUUUCAAGAAUAGGAACGUCUUUUUCGCGAUGAUGUUUGCCAUGUUUUUUGGUGCCGGCUUCUUCCCGCUCAUCUACUAUCUGUCUCUGUACUUCCAGGCAAUCCAAGGUGUCAGCGCUGUCCAAGCGGGUAUUAAGAUCCUGCCUCUUCUCCUCUCAACUGUGCUCAUCUCCAUUUUGUCCGGCGGUAUCAUCACAGUCAUCGGCUAUUACAAUGCAGUGAUCAUCCCUUGCAUGAUCUUGUUCACCGUCGGCUCAGGCAUGAUCACCACCUUCGACGUCCACACGCCACUCAGGGAAUGGUUCGGUUAUCAGGUCAUUGCAGGAUUGGGUAUCGGAGCCGGCUUCCAGAUUGGCGUUCUCAUCGUCCAGACCGUUCUCCCCCAGGAAUGGGUUCCCGUGGGCACUGCCUGUGUUCAGUUCUUCCAGGCCUUUGGCGGUGCCAUCUUCGUCGCUGUCGCCCAGACACUCUUCCAGAACGGCAUGAUUGAUCACAUCAACGCUGCCAACAUCGGUAUUGACCCCCAGAUCUUUAUCAACAGCGGUGCUUCAGAGAUCAAGAAUGUUCUGGAGCAGAUGCACCGACUGGACGCCUUUGACACCGUUCUCGAAGCAUACAUGAUCGGCUUGCGAAACACCUACUACAUUUCGGUCGCUUGUGCCGGCGCCGCGUUCCUGUGCACUCUGGGAUUCGAAUGGAAGUCCGUCAAGAAGGGCCCUGAUGGCAAGGAGAAGAAGCCCGAGCCUGUCAUGGCCGCUUAG